AGAAGAAAAAAGAAAAAAAGAGAGAUGGAUCGAUUCGCCACCAGAUUUAUCGCCCUUCUUCUGGUUCUUUUACAAAUUGGGUCCAUCUUCGCCACACCAAUUGCAGAGGCUCAGGGAGCACCAGAAGACGUAGAUGAUAGACGAGAGCUAGAGAAACGCGGAGGAGCUCGAGCGUUUUAUGGGUUCUACAACGCGGGCAAUUCGAAAAGGGACCAAGCUGCCGCCCUACCGUACUAUUUGUACGAGAAACGAGGAGGUGGACGCGCUUUUAAUCACAACGCCAAUUUAUUCAGGUUUGACAAAAGAGGAGGAGGACGAGCCUUCGCUGGAUCAUGGUCCCCGUACUUGGAACGAUUCUACGACUACAAACGCUCAUCGUACCCAGUUUACUUCAGCGACAACUCAUAUUACUGACUACGCCAGCCUACCGUACGCCUCCACGUACCUGCUCCUUCGCCUCGUCGCCUUCGUUCUUGCUCUCCAAUGAUCUAUCGACCUUUAACCACCACGUAUGAUUGACACACCAAAUUGAAUCUCAGCGCACCUUUCCAAGAACCAAAUUAUUUCAUUUUUGAGUUUCCCUAAUUUUUCUCCCUUUUUUUUGGAUUAAAUUUUCAUCUCAUUUAAUGCCUCCCAUUGUCAUCGCCCAACUCUUGAACUUUUAUUGGACAGCAAUAUGUUGUAUCGUUGCAAUAAAAUUUGCUAUGUGAAU